AUGGUUUACAUCUGUGGAGAAUGCCAUAAUGAAAAUGAAAUAAGGCCUAGGGAUCCUAUUCGAUGCAGAGAAUGUGGCUACAGAAUAAUGUAUAAGAAGAGGACAAAGAGAUGUAUCCUUUCCAUGAAAACAUUUGUUCACCACUGUACAUUGCUGCAAAAUUUCAAAUAUUUGUCCAUUGUAUUGCUGCUACACAUAUGGAGCAUCACAAAACCCAGAACACGGGAUAUGGGGCCCCAAGAGUCGAUAACAUUUGUGCUUCAAAAAUGA